AUGGGAGCAACUUCCAUCAUUCCUGUCGACAUGCAGAACACGGCACCGGUAAAAGCGACAAGUAUGGGUGAGCCACAUCCAACAUCACCGCUACCAAGGAGCCUGGGGAUCGUGGCGGCAGAAAAAAGGCUACGCGAGCUAAAACGCCCGGAUCAACGACCCAGAGCACCUGAAGCUACUGGUGCAAGAACACGUCAAGAUCAAAAGCUCGAGUCAGAACAAAAGGCGCCCGAGCUCAAGCCACGAUCAACCAGGCAAUCAGCUUUUGGGAUAUCGGCACCAGUACACAGGUCUACGGAGCCCCGAAAUUAUGAUAGGAGGGAGUGCCACGUGGGAGGCCGCGAACGCAAGAGUCGGAUACACCGGGAGGCUCAUGUAAGGGAGCACCGCCCAAGAGAACCUGGAGGACAUAAAGAACGAGAUUUAGUUUCUGGAGAAGCUAAGGAACCAGAAACCACAAGUCGCCAAGCUAAAAGCUGGAAUGCCAAAAGUCGAGAACCCUGGAGGAGAGAACGAACAGCAAAAGACCACCCCUCAAGAAAUCCACGAUCUCGGCCCACUUCGCUCCCUCGGAAACCCAUCUGGGGUGAGCGUGGCGAGGAUGUCGGUGUCCCCAAUCAUCAAAUCCUCAAGGACAAGGCGCCAGAUCAUAUGGAUGCGCCGUGGUACGUUCGCAUGUGGAUUGCGGCGUACAUGCGGUAUCGUGGUAUUAACGACAACCUGGCUGCCAAUGUGCACUACACGGGUGAGGAAUUUCAGAGGCUGACCCUACCGGACAUGAUAGAAUUUUUUUCAGUCAAAUGUGGUGUUAAGCGGAAUGAGGCCAUAAUACUAGGGCGUGAUGUUUGGGAAUGUGUGCACACGAAGCAAGCACCAGCGGCAAAACUCAUGAGCCUAGACAGGUAUGCCAAUUUUGUGGGCGAAGAUGCAAUGGGGCUCCGUGCGUUGUCGAGAGAUUCUGGGAUAUUUUGGCGUAUAUGGAGCGUCUUCUUCUGGGUCAGAGCUGUGGUCAAGACGAUAGCGCUUACUUAUGUCGGGGUUGUUUUUGCAGUCUUGAUAGGAGGUUGUGUCUCUGUUUUCAUGUUCGAUUCAGAGAAAGCUAAUCAGUGA